AUGUCGAUCCAAUUGUUCGUGGGUCCUGAAAUUUGUGCAUUACUUCUCGACCAAUUCAUGUGCAUCCCGUCAUUAGGUUCUAUACCAGGGUUUGAACAAGCAGUUCAGGCGUAUGCAAUUCAUGUACUUUCACUGACUUACCAGAGGCUCAAGAUUUCGAGAUCUGUUCUUGCCGAGACCAUCAACGUUGAAGGUCUGUCUCUUGACAAGUUCAUCGACCACCAUGUAUCCAACUUAGAUUGGGCUAUAGAGAAGAGUCAGGCUAGAGAGAAGAGUCAAAAUAAGGGCCAAUUCAUUAUUCUCCCAUGA